GCCGUCCAAUUUCUUUGAAUUUUAAAAUUAUUACAAGAUUUAUGGACGCCGGUCACUGCUGGUCUUCGUGAUAAUUCCGGUGACUCGCGAAGGCACCUUCGCGCACCUUUGCGGACUUCUUCUUCAGUUAAUUGUCAAAGAUGGCGGCAACCAAAAGGUUACAGAAGGAACUCGGAGACAUUCGAGCCUCUGGUCUCAAGGCUUUUAGAGAUGUCCAAGUUGAUGAAUCAAAUUUGCUUCUGUGGCAUGGAGUUAUUGUUCCAGAUAAUCCACCAUACAAUAAAGGAGCAUUCAGGAUUGAAAUAAAUUUCCCUGCUGAAUAUCCAUUUAAGCCCCCAAAGAUUCAUUUCCGGACUAAAAUCUAUCAUCCUAACAUUGAUGAAAAAGGACAAGUAUGUUUGCCUAUCAUAAGUGCUGAAAAUUGGAAACCUGCUACAAAAACUGAUCAAGUUAUUCAAGCCCUUGUGGCCCUUGUAAAUGAUCCGGAGCCUGAACAUCCACUACGAGCAGAUUUGGCUGAAGAGUACAUUAAAGACCGCAAAAAAUUUGUGAAAAAUGCAGAAGAAUUCACCAAGAAACACAGUGAAAGGCGACCUCCAGAAUAAAAUUUCUCUGUUUGUGCUGGCACUGUGAUAUUGUCAACAAUGUUGCAUCUUCCUUUUACUUUUUAAAAAUUUUUAAUUGGUUGUCUUGUUAAAAUAAUGCAAGAUUAUGUGUACCCCAAGUCAAACAAGAGGGAUCAGUGAAUGGUGAAAUGCGACCUUUGUAAUGUCUAUUUCUGUACUUCAAUUUCUGUUUUCAUAUUGGUCAAUAACACCUAAAUCACAAGUUUUGGUUACUUCUUAUUUCAUGUCAUUAUCUUUAGUCUGCACAUGGUUGUGGAUGCAUAAUUCUACAUUAGUGUGCUGUAUUUCUCUUCGGUUUCAGUCCCGAAUGUUUUUAAGACUGGUAUAGCCAUGCGGAGGCAGGCAGAUGAUUAGAUCACUUAAGUGUGCUACUGCUAGUGGUUUUACACACCUAGACGUUCCACUCAAUCUAAAUGAUGAGACUGUUAAUUACUGUGCUUAACUAAUCUUCACAUUUGGCCUUGAAAUCAUAGACUACACCUGAGAAAUAAAUUGAAAAUUCAUUCACUCUCUUGUUCUUUUCUGUGAAGCCUGGCAUGUGAUUAAAAUAGGAAAGGUCAGUAAAAUUUGUGGUCAGAAAACUAAAUUGAAAUGCCAUGCAAGCUAAGUAUUAAUUAUUUUUCAUAUAUAGUUUUUGAGGGAUAACGUUAUAUUUGUAACUUAAAGAUAAGUGAACUGCUCAACACACACGAACAGUUCUCAACUUUAUUUUGUUUUGUUAAUCAUCUACUGGCUAAGUUUAGUUUUUUGUUUCUUUUUUUAAAAUUUAGUCUCAUUGCAUUGUGUACUGUGAAUCACCUCUUGCAAAGACGCAUAUCUGAAUUACUCAUGUGGUGAAAUCAUUCUAAUAUUGUCAAAUUGCCUGGCUUUGCUCUGUGCAUUUUUUUUCUGUGUGAUUGUGUGGUAGAGGACUGUAAUUAUUAUCUUAAGCACAUAAAUUGGUUUUCAUCAUUUGUA